AUGAGGAAGAUACGAGGAGGGGAACAAGAUAUUGUAAAUAAUUUGAUGAGCCUUAUUAUUCUAAGAUAUGAUGAUUUUUCAUCAACAUCAACAUCACAAUUUGCAUGGACAGCCUUUGUAGCAGCUUUCUUUGUUUUUAUCAGUCUCACUCUUUCCAUUUUCCUCUUAUUCCAACAUCUUUCUGCUUACAAGAACCCUGAGGAGCAGAAGUUUUUGCUAGGUAUCGUACUCAUGGUACCGAGUUAUGCCGUUGAAUCUUUUGUGUCGCUAUUGAAUCCAGCAAUUAGUGUUCAAGUUGAGAUACUGCGUGAUUGCUAUGAAGCUUUUGCAAUGUAUUGCUUUGGGAGAUAUCUUAUUGCCUGCUUGGGGGGUGAGAAGAGGGCAAUUAACUUCAUGGAGAGGGAAGGGCGUGCAGGUCUAAAAAACCCCUUGCUGGACCAGAAAUCCGAAAAGGGAAUCAUUAAACAUAUUUUCCCAAUGAAUUUAUUUUUACAGCCAUGGCCACUUGGUCAGAGAGUUUAUCAAAUAAUGAAAGCUGGAAUCGUACAAUAUAUGAUUAUAAAGGCUGUUACAUCUGUUUUAGCUGUCUUUCUUGAAGCCUUUGACGUAUAUUGUGAAGGAGACUUCAGAUGGGAUUGUGGGUACCCUUACAUGGCUGUUGUUAUUAAUUUUAGUCAAACAUGGGCUUUAUAUUGCUUAGUUCAGUUUUAUGAAAUCACAAAGUAUGAGCUGUCACAUAUCCAUCCACUGGCCAAGUUUCUAACAUUUAAGUCAAUUGUAUUUCUAACUUGGUGGCAAGGUGUGGCCAUUGCCCUUCUUUGUUCUUUUAAGUUGAUCAGAAGUCCAGAUCCCCAAGAUUUGCAAUUUAAAUCAAGCAUUCAGGAUUUUAUUAUUUGUAUCGAGAUGGGGAUUGCUUCUAUGGUUCAUAUAUAUGUGUUUCCCUCAGAACCAUACAAGUCAAUGGGAGACUUUUUUAUGGGCGAUUUUUCGGUUCUUGGAGAUUAUGCAUCUUCUGACUGUCCUUUAGACCCUGAUGAGGUUAGGGACAGUGAGCGGCCCACAAAGUUACGUCUCCCACAACCUGAUGCCAAUGUGAAGAACAAAACCGCCAUCAGAGAAAGUGUGCGCGAUGUUUUUAUUGGUGGUGGUGAAUAUAUUGUUAGUGAUUUGAGAUUCACAAUGAACCAAGCUGUUGUACCUGUAGAGAAGGGGAUUACAAAGUUCAAUGAAAGACUGCACAAAAUCUCUGAAAACAUCAAAAAGACGGAUAAGGAUCAUACAAGGGAUGACAGUUGCAUCAAAGAACGCAGAGUAAUACGUGGAAUAGAUGAUCCCCUUCUAAAUGGAAGUUUUAGUGACAGUGGGGAGAAUAAGAAAAAGAGGCAUCGCCGAAGUUAUACAAGUGUAGAAAAUGUUGGUGAAAGUAUCAUUGACCAAAGCCUGGGGUUUGGUAGGUACCAGGUUCAUGGAAGUAGGUGGGUUACUAAGGACUAGUUGCGUUAAUUAGCUGGAAA